CGCAGUGCUGUGGGGGCGGGGGAACAGUGUGACCCUGAGAGUCCGGAUCUUGCCGCGAUGCUGAGCAGGUUCCUUGGGCCGCGCUACAGGGAACUGGCCAAGAACUGGAUCCCCACGGCCAGCAUGUGGGGUGCCGUAGGCACUGUGGGGCUGGUGUGGGCUACAGACUGGCGGCUGAUCUUGGACUGGGUGCCCUACAUCAAUGGCAAAUUUAAGCAGGAUGAUUAAGCAGCCACCCUCCUCGGGCCUCUCGGUGACACGCCACACAGCAGCCUUUGGAACAGCCUGGAGCCACCUAGCCGUGUGGAGGACCCAGAGGAAGCCUGCAGGGCCCUGCCGGGGGUCCUGUUCCUUCAUGGACACUUGGGAUGUCUUGAUGCAUGUAGCAUUAAAGCAAGGUCUCAUACCUGCCCCAUCACU